AUGUGCCUUGCGGUGGCCAUAAAGAAAAUAAAUCUCCAAGAACUGAGGAAGAAGGAACUAAAAGUCAAUGAACUCAUGCUCAUGAAGCCAAAUAAGAAUCCCAACCUGGUCAACUAUUUAGACAGCUACCGUGUGGAUGGGCAGCUCUGGCUGGUCAUGGAGUACAUGGACGGAGGCACUCUGAGCAAUGUCAUCAGCGAGACCCACCUGUCUGAAGACGAGAUGGCAGCCAUCAGUCGGGAGUGCCUGCAAGGCCUGGAUUUUCUUCACUCGAACCUCGUGAUCCACCGAGAUGUGAAGAGCAGCAACAUCCUUCUCAGAACCGACGGCUCUGUCAAGCUGGCUGACUCUGGCCUCUUUGCUCAGCUCACCCCUGAGCAGAGUCGACGGAGCUCAGUGGCCAGCAUUUCUGGGUGGAUGGCGCCUGAAGUGGUGACAGGUCAACCAUGUGGCCCCAAAGUGGACAUAUGGUCUCUUGGAAUCGUGGGCAUCGAAAUGGCGGAAGGAGAAGUUCCUUACUGGAAUGAAACUCCUGUUUCGGUAAGGUGCAAAUACUCACUGAUCCUGCUUGUC